AUGUGUAUAUAUGUAUCUUUGUGUGUCUGUAUAUAUGUGUUGUACAUAUGUGUGGUGUGUGUGUGUGUGUGUGUGUGCAUCUUGAGUGAAGCUUCCAACAAUCUCACAGAAGGAAAGCAGCCGCAGUCGUCUGUUCUGCUCUCUUGGGUACUUCCCAGACCCGUGAAAUGAAAGGCAGGAAACCCCCAGCCUCCAAGGAGAAAAGGGAACCGGCAGGCAGAGGGUGGGGAGGUGACGGUAAAUGGAGCGGGGGUGGGGAGAGCACAGCUGUGUGUAAGCCGGGACGCGUGUGCACAUGUGAUCAUGUCCAGGGAAUGACACUGUGGCAUCCCACACCCAGAGACCCCGGAGCGACUAGGGACCAGCAGCCCAUGGGGAGCUUAGUAGGAGUCACAUCCCAGCCCUGCUGCUGUGCUCUCUAGUGCAUUGUGAGGUGGCCUGGAGGAGGCAGAGGCCAGGAGGGAGAGGUCCCAGGAGCUUGUGAAAUGGAUUUGGCCUGGCUCCCAGCUGGGCAGGAGCACAGGACUCCAGGACACUGAGGACCUCGCCCGGCCCAUGGCCAGCACCCACCUGUGCUGGCGCCUGCCUGUCCAGGGCUGACCAGGGAGAUGGCGCUGGCCCGGGGGCUGCUCCGCAUGGCCCUGCUGGCCCUGUGCUGGGGGCGCAGCCUGGCAGGGGAAGAAGAAACCGUCCCGAUGCAGACGCUUCGCUGCUACAAUGACUACACCAGCCACAUCACCUGCAGGUGGGCGGACACGUGGGAUGCCCAGCGGCUCGUCAAUGUGACCCUCAUUCGCAGGGUGAAUCACAGGGACCCUUCGGAGCCAGUGUCCUGCGACCUCAGCGAUGACAUGCCCUGGUCAGCCUGCCCGCAUCCCCACUGCGUGCCCAGGAAAUGUGUCAUUCCCUACCAGAGUUUUGUCAGCUCUGACACUGACCGCUUCUCAUUCGAACCAGACAGGCUUCUGGGCACCCAGCUCACCGUCACUCUGACCCAGCAUGUCCAGCCUCCUGCGCCCAAGGACCUGCAGAUCAGCAGUCACCAGGACCACUUCCUGCUGACCUGGAGUGUGGCCCUGGGGGGCCCCCAGAGCCAGUGGCUGUCUCAGGGGGACCUGGAGUUUGAGGUGGUCUAUAAACGGCUCCAGGACUCUUGGGAGGAUGCGGCCACCCUCCUCUCCAAUGCCUCCCAGGCCACCCUGGGGCCAGAGCACCUCAUGCCCAGCAGCACCUAUGUGGCCCGAGUGCGGACCCGCCUGGCCCCAGGUUCUCGGCUCUCAGGACGUCCCAGCAAGUGGAGCCCAGAGUUUAAGUGGGACUCCCAGCCAGGGGACGAGGCCCAGCCCCAGAACCUGCAGUGCUUCUUCGACGGGGCCGCCGUGCUCAGCUGCUCCUGGGAGGUGAGGCGGGAGGUGGUCAGCUCCGUCUCCUUUGGCCUCUUCUACAAGCCCAGCCCAGAAGCAGGGGAGAAAGAGUGCUCCCCAGUGCUGAGGGAGGAGUUCGGCAGCCUCCACAUCAGACACCACUGUGGGAUUCCCGUGCCCGACCCCAGCACCCACGGCCGGUACGUCGUCUCCGUUCAGCCAAGGAGGCCAGAGAAACACAUAAAGAGCUCAGAGCACAUCCAGAUGGCCCCUCCGUCCCUCACCGUCAGCAAGGAUGGAGACAGCUACAGCCUGCGCUGGAAAGCAAUGAAAAUGCAAUACGAGCACAUAGACCACGCAUUCGAGAUCCAGUACAGGAAAAACUCCACCACGUGGGAGGACAGCAAGACUGAGACCCUCCAGAAUGCCCACAGCAUGGCCCUGCCAGCUCUGGAGCCCUCCACCACGUACUGGGCCAGGGUGAGGGUCAGGACCUCCCGCAGCGGCUACGAUGGGAUCUGGAGCCAGUGGAGUGAGGAGCGCUCCUGGGAAACCGAGUGGGUCCCCCGAGGCAGUAAGUUCCAGAGCCCUAGGCCUGCAAGGAGCAGGGUCUUGGGGGAUACUGCGCCAACCCCGCUCCGUGCCCCAAGGUCCAUUCCCCUCCCUGAUGCUGAUGCUGCUCUUCCUCCCUGGCUGCUGGAAGCGCUGCCCGUGUGGGUGCUGCCGCUCGUCGUGGUGCUCCUUACCCUCACUGUGCUCGUGGCCCUCCGCUUCUGUGGCAUCUAUGGGUACAGGCUGAGCAGAAAGUGGGAGGAGACGAUCCCCAACCCCAGCAAGAGCCACCUGUUCAAGAACGGGAUUGCAGAGCGGCGGCCUCCAGGCAGCGUGGCGGCCUUCACCAGCAGGAGUCCCCCAGAGCAGGGGCCGUGGAACAGCCACUUCUCUGAGCUGGAGGGAGUGUUCCUUGUAGGAUUCAAGGACAGUGAGGUGUCACCUCUCACCACAGAGGACCCCAAGCAUGUCUGUGAUCCACCAUCUGGGCCUGACACGACUCCAGCUGCCUCAGACCUGCCCACAGAACAGCCCCCCAGUCCCCGGCCAGGCCCACCUGCCCCCUCCCACACGCCUGAAAAGCAGGCUUCCAGCUUCGACUUCAAUGGCCCCUACCUGGGGUCGCCCCAAAGCCACUCCCUGCCUGACAGCCUGUGCCAGCCGGAGCCCCCACAGGCAGGUGGGAGCCAGAAGCCCCUGCCUCCAGGAUCCCUGGAGUACCUAUGUCUGCCUGCUGGGGGGCAGGUGCAGCUGGUCCCACUGGCCCAGUCGAUCGGGCAGGGCCAGGCCAUGGAUGUGGAGAGGAGGCCGAGCCGGGGGGCUGAGGGGAGCCCCUCCCUGGAGUCCGGGGGAGGCCCUGCCCCUCCUGCUCUUACCACAAGGGUGGGAAGACAGGACCCAGAGGACAGCCCUGUGGCUGUGCCCACAAGCUCUAAGGACCCUGAGGACCCUGGAGUGGCCUCUGGUUACGUCUGCUCUGCAGAUUUGGUAUUCCCCCCACAGUCAGGGGCCUCACCUGUCUCCCAGGUUCCCUCUCUGGGCCUCCCUGCAGACCAGACCCCCAGCUUCUGUCCUGAGCUGGCCGGUGGACACCCUGGAGCCCCAGGCCCUGUGAAGUCAGGGUUUGAGGGCUAUGUGGCGCUCCCUCCAACUGAGGCCCAGUCCCCCAGGUCCCCAUUGAACAAUCUUGUCCCCCCGGAGGCCAGUAGCCCUGUCCUGAACCCAGGGGAGCACCGGGCAGAUGUAUCCCCAACAUCCCCACACUCCGAGGGCCUACUUGUCCUGCAGCAGGUGGGCGAGUAUUGCUUCCUCCCCGGCCUGGGGGCUGGCCCUGUCUCACCCCGGAGUAAGCCCUCUUCCCCGGGACCCUCUCCUGAGAUCAGGGACUCAGACCAGGCUUUGCAAGUCAAGAAGCCCCCAGGCCAGGGCAUGCCCCAGGUGCCCGUCAUUCAGCUCUUCAAAGCCCUGAAGCAGCAGGACUACCUGUCGCUGCCCCCUUGGGAGGUCAGCAGGCCUGGGGAGGUGUGCUGAGACCCUCAGACCUCGACAGGCGAGGGGACCGAGAGGGCUUGCCUUCCCUCCCGCCCGGGCUUCCUCAGUCAUUUCUGCAAAGUCAAGGGGCCGUCUCCUGUUGAGGUGGCCGGAGGCAGGCGUGGGAAAGGAGUCAGCCUUGCUCCGGCCCCCUUGACCUUCAGCAAAUCACUUGUCUUCCCACGCGCAUGCGCGCGCACACACGUACACGCCCACUUUUUCUUUCCGGUUAUUUUUAGCUUCUGAAUUAUUAGAGCUUUCUAGACAUACUCAUUCCAUCUUCCCUUCAUUUUCUUUUUUAUCAAGUUUCCUUGCAUUUGCCAUGUUUCUUCCUUCUUUUGCCACUGAUUUAUUAUGAGAGUGAGGCUGAGGUCUGAGCUGAGCCUUGUCAGAUUGAGACGCGUCUGGUUGUGUUUAGGACUUGUGGGGGCUGCCUGUCCCCGGCAGGCACUGAUGCACAUGACAUGAUUCUCAUAUACAUGCAGAGGCGGGAGGUACCAGGUGGGCACUGUGGGGGUUAGGGCUUGGAAGAGUGGCACAGGUCUGGGCGUGCUCAGUGGGGCUCUGAGUUCAGACUAGCCUCGACUGUCACUCCGAGAAAUGGGCAUGGUAAUGGGGUGUGUGUGUGUGUGUGCAAGGCACACACAUGAGAGGCUGUUUGGGAGCUUUUGGGGAGCCCUGCUGGUUGUCUCAGUGAUGUCUGUGGGGCUCCAGUCCCCUGAGACCCCAUGUCAUGUAGAGAAGUUAAGAUCCAAGUGAUGGGCAGGCUUGUGAGACCUGGAGAACAUCAGGAGGGGAGUCCAGAACCCACAUCUACUGCAGAAAAGUGGGGAAAAACUGCUAAACAAGGGAAAAUUCUCCUAAAGGCAUAUAUGCUUUCAGGCUUUUAGUCCAAGUGGCCACUCUUUCAGACAGACCCUGUAACCCUCACUUCCACGGGCCACAGAUGAGGGGCUGCUGGUCUAUGCCUGGGCCUGCAUCAGUGCUUAUGGUUCUUUUAAAUCUUUCCCUUUCAGAUACAUGAAAAAUAAUGGCAUUAAAUUGCUUUAAUUUGCAUUAUUUUAAUUAUCCAGUUUGCACAUAUCUUUAUAGGUGUCUUAGGCAUUGGUUAGUAUUUUUUAACUGGGCUAAGUCCAUUACGGUCUUUGUUCUGUUGGGUGCUAUCAUUUUCUCAUUAAGUUUUUUCAACUAUUUACAUAUGGCCAGAUGGUGGAGUGUUUUUCCCCCAACUCUGUGGGUUUGUCUUAUAAUGUUGUAUAUGAGGCUUUUUGGUAUACAAAUGUGAAUGCUUCUGUGAUGUCAAAGAGCUCCCUAGUAAACUCCUUCUUCACUUUUACUGCCAAAUUUACAAAGGUCUUCCCACUGCAAAGCAGCGUUUGUUGUAAUUUAUAUAUGUUUUUCUAGUUCUGUUUGUGUUUCAAAUUUUUCAUGUAAAAUUUUAAUUACUUUUGAAUGGGUGGAUGUUAGAGGUGCCUUUGGUAUUUGUUGAAAUUAUUUUUCUAUGUAUCUAAAGUGUCACUUUUGUGAUAUAGGAAAUCUUUGUAUAUAUACUGUAUCAAUUCCUAGGCUCCCUGUUUUGUUACCUUGUUGUCUGUCUGGCAUCCACCGUUUUGAUUGUUGUAGCUUUAUGAUAUGUUUUAAUAAGUGCUAAAGCAACUGUUCUUGUUAUUUUUGCUCUUAAAUCCCUGUUCAUUACAGCAAUGUUGGUGGUCAAAGAAAAUGAUAAACAACUUAAAUGUUCAAUAGUGCUGAAAUUCAUAACAACAUUUUAGUACAUCAUAAAGUAGAAUCGUCUGUUCAUAACAAACAAGAUGGCAUAAUGAACAACAUGUAUUAGAAAGAAGUCUGAGAGAUUAAUUCCAAAAUAUCCAGACAUUAUUAAAGGGGAAAAGAUUGCA